CUACGCCAGUUGUGCAUCGAUGUGGGAUAAAAAGCAAGUGACUAGUGAGUGAGCGCCUUGUAGAUAAUCUCUGUUGUCAUCACUAUUAACCUUUUCUUGAGAAUAACAACACUCACCAUAACAUAAACAAAAAGAGAGAGAAAAACAAACUGAGUUCUGAGUUCUGAGUUCUGAGUUGAGUCUCUCUCUGCAUAAGCUUAUCCAAGAACAUCAAUGGGCGAGGAAGAGAAGAAACCUGCAGAAGAAGUGAAGAAAACAGAGGGAGAGAAGAAAGAGGAUGCUCCAAAAAGUGAUGAAAAAACAGAGGAGAAGAAAACCGAGGAAGCACCGGCUCCUCCACCGCCGCCUCAAGAAAUUGUUUUGAGAGUUUACAUGCAUUGUGAAGGAUGUGCUCGUAAAGUUCGUAAAUCACUUAAAGGAUUUCAAGGAGUUGAGGAUGUUUUAACGGAUUGUAAGAGUCAUAAAGUGGUGGUGAAAGGGGAAAAAGCAGAUCCAUUGAAGGUUCUUGAAAGAGUUCAAAAAAAGAGCCACCGUAAAGUUGAGCUUCUGUCUCCGAUCCCAAAACCGCCGGCGGAAGAGGCUAAGAAGCCGGAAGAGAAAGAAGUUGUUAAACCAGAAGAGAAAAAAGAGGAGCCUCCUCAAGUGAUUACUGUAGUUCUGAAAGUUCACAUGCAUUGUGAAGCUUGUUCUCAAGAAAUCAAAAGGCGUAUACAGAAAAUGAAAGGUGUGGAGAAUGCAGAGCCAGAUUUAAAGAACUCACAAGUGUCAGUAAAAGGGAUUUUUGAGGCAACACAGCUGGUGGAUUAUGUAAGCAGGAGAACAGGGAAAAGGGCAGUUAUAGUGAAAGUAGAACCAGAAAAGAAAGGAGAGGAGAAACCUAAAGAAGAGAAGAAAACAGAGGAAGGUGAAAAAGACGCGAAAAAAGCCGAGGAAGAAGAGAAAAAGGCUAACGGCGGAGACAGUGCCUCCGCCGUCACUGCUGCAGCUCCUUCGGAAGGAGCUGCAAAUAAAGAGGUUGGUGUUCAAGAAGAAGACCCAAAACUAGAAAUGAAGAAGAAUGAGUUUUACUACUAUUACCCACAGCAGCCAAAUUACCAUCUUUACCCUCAAACAUAUGCGUCACAUGAGAUGUAUAAUCCUUACCCUCCACAAAUGUUUAGUGAUGAGAACCCCAAUGCAUGUUCUGUGAUGUAAAUUAGGAAGAACAUGAAAAGGGUAUAUGUGGAAAGAAUGGAGUUAUGGUCACAUGGGAAAUGUCCAUGGCCAUUUCUCUUAAGUUGUUGUUUAUGGUUGUGCUCUACAUGUGGCCCUGUCUGUUGGGGCCUUGCAGCCAAAAAGACUAGAGAAUUUUGUGAGCACUUUGUACCUUUUUCAUGGGUUUUUUAAUUAUAUAAUCUUCUUAUUAUAUAAUACUCCCCCUGUCC